AUGAAUCUAAUUAAGAGAAUUGGUGAUGAAGUUGACGAAAAUGUUGAUGAUGUGACAAAGAAAGCGAGCGAGGGAGCAAGCAAAGCGAAUAAUGGUGCUCCCAAUCGCGCACGCGAGCGAAACAAUGACCCUACCGAGGCGCAUGCUGAUCUAUUUACAGGAUUAGGGAGACUAAGAAAUCAUGAGUAUAGUAUUGCUAUUAGUCAAGAUGUAGAACCUGUUAAGUGCCCGCCGCGAACAAUUCCACAUAAGAUUAGAGAUAAAGUUAAGGAGGAAUUGGCACGCAUGGAAGAAUUAGGUGUUAUAGAGAGAGUAGACAAACCCACCGAAUGGGUUAACCAAAUGACAGUAGUUCAUAAGCCGGAUGGUCGAGUCCGAAUUUGUUUAGAUCCCCGUGGUCUGAACACAGCCAUCCGAAGAGAGCACUUUCCGAUGCCUACUUUUGAACAAGUAGCCGCCCGAAUGGCUGGAGCGCAAGUUUUCUCGAAAUUUGACGCAACAAGUGGAUAUUGGCAACUUCCACUAACUGAGAAGAGUUCGUAUUAUACGACAUUUAAUAGCCCGUUUGGUAGAUAUAGAUACAAAGUCAUGCCAUUUGGUAUAUCAUCUGCCAGUGAAAUUUGGCAAAGAGCAAUGACAGAUGAGUUCGGACAACUCAAAGGAGUAGAAAUCGUAGCAGACGACAUACUUGUCUGGGGAAAAGACGAAAAAGAGCAUGAUGCGAGACUAGAAGCACUGUUAGAGAAAGUAAAAGCAUCAGGGCUCAAGCUGAACAAAGCGAAAUCAGUAAUACGCAAAGAUAGAAUUGAGUAUGUUGGACACGUUAUCUCGAAAGACGGUGUCAAACCGAGUGAUGAUCGAAUCAAAUCGAUACUUGAUCUACCCUACCCGACUAACAAGAAGGAGGUUGAAACCCUUCUUGGCAUGAUGACUUAUCUCGGAAAAUUCAUUCCGAACCUUUCUGAAAUCACAGCGCCAUUGCGACAAUUAACACAGAAAAAUAUAGCUUGGCAUUGGGAACCUGAACAUGCAGAUGCAGUUGAUGCUUUAAAGAAAAAGAUAACAUCAGCCCCAACGCUUAAGCUGUAUGAUGCCCAGAAACCCGUUUCCAUGGCAACCGAUGCCUCGAAUGAAGGGCUAGGUGCAGUAUUGAUGCAUGACGAGUCCUACCCGAUAGCAUACGCAUCUAGACGCGUAAAUGACGCAGAAAGGAAUUAUGCUGCAAUUGAGAAAGAAAUGAGUGCGAUUCUAUUUGCAUGCCGUAAAUUUCAUGACUAUAUAUUUGGACAGAAGGUGACGAUAUUCACCGAUCACAAACCAUUGAUAGGGAUUUUCAGCAAACCAUUGCAUAAACUUAGUCCCAGACUACAGCGAAUGAGGCUCCAUCUCAUGUCAUAUGACAUAGAUUUGCGAUGGAAGCCAGGCAAAGAAAUGUUUGUGCCCGACGCACUAAGCAGACUGCUGCCGGUAAGCAACUCAGAUUUCAAAUCUGAACAGACCCAUGACAUCGCAAUAGAGACAGUCGAUUGCAUAAUGCAAAUGUCAGCCCCUAGACUUGAACAAUUCAAAGUGCAGACGAAACGUGACCCUAUUCUACAAAAGAUAAGCACGUUCAUACGCAAUGGAUGGCCAGAAAGUAAGCGCGAUAUUCCGAACAAUAUCCGUCCAUACUACUCAUUCCGUGAUGAGUUGACAGAAAUUGAUGGCCUUAUCAUGAAAGGUAACAGACUUGUAGUACCAUCUUGUCUACAAAAGGAUAUGUUAGAUGUCCUGCAUCAGUCGCACUUAGGAAUAGUAAAGAUUAAAGCAAGAGCGCGGCAAGUCCUAUUUUGGCCUGGGAUGAGCGCACAAAUUGAAGACAAGGUAGCAAGAUGCAUUACAUGUCAAACUACACGAAAAGCCCAACAGUCUGAACCGCUAAUACCGCACCCAAUGCCUAACCGACCUUGGUCUAAACUUGGGAUGGAUAUAUUUCAUUUGGAUGGAGUCAAUUAUCUUCUUGUAGUAGAUUACUAUUCAAAAUAUCCCGAAAUACAAAUGCUCACAGAAAUGACGUCUCACAAAGUUAUUUCUUCUCUGAAUGAAAUCUUCUCAAGAAACGGUAUACCAGAUACCGUCAUAUCAGACAAUGCCCGUCAAUUUGUUUGUUCUGAAUUUAGGGAGUUCACAAAAAAGUGGGAGAUAAAGCACAUAACAUCCAGUCCCACAUACCCACAAAGUAACGGUCAAGCUGAAAGGUGCGUUCAGACAAUCAAGAUGCUCAUGAAACGAGCUAAGAUGAGUGGGAAUGACCCCAUGUAUGCAUUGCUAGAAUAUAGGAACACACCCAUGGAUGGUUUAAGAGGAUUUGCACCAUCUCAAAUCCUGAAUGGUAGAUUAUUGAGAAGUUGCAUUCCAGUACAGUCAUCCCUUCUCUGCCCUCAGGCUAUACCCCCGUUGCAAACUGAGCUAAAAGAAAGACAAAGAAAGCACAUGGCAAACUUCAAUUCAAGAGCCAGACCCAGUUCCCUUUCCCCAUUGCGAACCAAUCAAAAGGUUAUAUUUCGUGCAAAGCCAGGCACGUGGCAAUCUGGUUACAUAACCAGCACAGCGCAGACCCCAAGAAGCUACAAUGUAAAGACAGAACAAAGAGAGUAUAGAAGAAAUAGAAAACAUAUUCGACCAAUGCCCCCUUCCCCUUCCACAUCCAGCGCCCAAAGCUGCAGCGCGCCUUUGUCACGUCAACAACGCGAUCAACAAAAUGAUCAACGAUCACAGAGACAUGAAACAAUCACACUCUCAAAGCCCACAACCACUCGAAGUGGAAGGGUAUCCAAACCACCUGAGCGUCUGCAAUUGUAA